AUGGACAUCUCAGGAAUUACGGAAGUGCAAGAUGCUUUCUACGAGAACGAGCUUAUUAGUGCAUUCUCUGUCUCGUCCCCUGCCACUGUCCAAUGGUCUGCUGAUUUUGUUCCUCCUAUUACGGAAGUAUCAAGGAAUAGAAUUGUUAAGAUAGACAGCUGUCUCUCUUCCAAGGUGCUUUUUAUUGACUCUAACGACACUGUGCGCCUCUUGGGAACUACUAGCCUGUUUAACUGGAACAUUCGCACAGAGCAAGGACACAAGAUAGGAAGCCUGUCCAGGAACCUAUUGGGCACAGAGUAUACUCUGAAAAACAGACAAGAGAACAAGGAGGUGUGCUUUAUAAAGCACUUUGGGCUGUACUCCAACACAGGCCCGAGAGUAUUCAACGUGUACACAAACUCAAAAGAUACACUUUACAAACUAAACCUGUCAGAAAGAGUGAAAAAGAAGAAAAACCAGUACAUCAGACUGCAGAACAAGCCCCCGUACUUUAGCUACGAGACUAACUCGUACGUGCUAAACUUCAACGGCCGAGUGACCAUGCCUUCCACUCGCAAUUUCCAGAUCAUACACCCCAAAGACACGUCAUUCAUUACGAUGACAUUCGGGAAAACCUCGCACAACGAGUACAUACUAGACUAUACGUAUCCCUGGUCGGGCAUGGAGGCAUUCGGUGUUGCAUUGUCAUCCUUUGGAAGUAUCUUGGGGAUUGACUGA